AUGCAUGGGCUGCUCAGCGAUAUCGCGGAACUUCAACAACAGGGGUUCGAAAUUGUGCUGGCUUCUUCCGGCUCUGUCGCACUUGGCCUGAAUUCGCUGCACGCCGAUAUUGAAAGCGCCGGCGUACAGGAGAAGCAGGCUGCGGCGGCAUGUGGACAGCCCAUCUUACUGAAUGCCUAUAAGCAGAUCGCGCUUGAAUACGGCUUCGACAUCGCCCAGGUACUCGUUACGCUGGACGAUCUGGAAGAGCGUCGGCGAUUUCUGAACACCAAGAACACCGUACAUACCCUGCUGGAGCAUGGCGUGCUGCCCAUCGUUAACGAAAACGAUACCGUGACAACAGAAGAGAUCCGAGUCGGGGACAAUGACCGACUUGCAGCCAAGGUUGCGCAAAUGAUCCAGGCGCAGCAUUUAAUCAUUCUCACAAGCGUCGACGGCCUGUACGACCGCGACCCCUCCGAACCCGGCGCGCAGCUUGUCGAAACUGUUGAAGAUGUCAGCGAAUACCUGGCAGUCACGAGCGGCACAAGCCAGCUUGGCAGUGGUGGCAUGUUGACCAAAAUGCAGGCAGCUAAUAUGGCCCAGAAUGCCGGUUGCACCACACUGAUAUCCCAAGGCGUUCUGGACCGACCAGUUUCUUCUGUACUCGAAGGCGCGCGACCGCACACCCGCUGCGUCGCCAAGUCCACACCUUCUUCAAGCUGGGCGAUCUGGCUGACAGAUCGCCUGCAGAUGGCUGGCAGCCUGGUAUUAAAGCAGGCUGCGGCCGACGCGCUUGAACAGAGUGAAAACGGCAUUCUGUGUCGAGACGUUGUGUCCCUGCACAGCACCUUUCAGAAAGCCGACGUCCUGCAUAUCUAUGACGAACAGGGCGUCGAACGCGCUCGCGGACUCUCCAACCUGUCCUCAGAUGAAGCCGCACUGAUUGCGCAGAACGCAGACCGCCCUGUCAAAGAGCUGCUCGGCUAUCAAACCGCAGGGCGGCUGGUUAACCGUAACAACCUGGUCCUCCUCGAAGACCAUCACCUGCCAUGGGAAGAGCCAGAGAAUCCACUCCGAGUCAUCACCCCUUAG